GAGUUAUUUUGAUUUAGUCGCAAUAUUAGCGAGGAGUGAUAAAGAGCUCAGUCCUAAUAUUGUUCAAACAUCAAAUUAAAUUAUCCAAUUAAAAGGAAAAGCAUGGGUAAAUUAGGAAACAUCAAAAAUACGCCAGUAGAAGAUGAUGAUGAGGGAGUAGACUUACGUAAUGGAGCUCCAAGUGAUAAUUUUGGCGCUUCGUUCAUUUUCGAAAGAGCACUCAAAAGAAUGGACGUACAAACUCAACAACGCAGGCUGCAGCAGGAAAAGUUUGAUAGCCAAUUAAAGAAUGUUGAAAAUGAUUACAAAAUAUUGGAGCUCAGAUUGACAAACAAAGACAAAGACCUCCAAAAACUGAAUGACAAAUUGAAAAGUACACAGACACAAUUGGUGGCAAUAAAAAUCGAAAAGGACAUUUUAGAAAUGAAACUGGAGGCUGAGUUCAAAAAUACUCAUCGUUUGAAUCGUGAUGUCGAACAUCUAGAUUGGGCGAGAAAUGAGCUUUUAGCUAUGAUUCACCGCAGUAGAAAUAUCGAAGAAUUACGCCAAAAAUUGCUGUCGAGGAAAUUAUAUUGAACAGACUUAUAAUUAAACAACUUUCCUAUGAAACAAAUCAAUUUUGGCCGGUUUUAUUUAAUUCCAUAUUUUUCACUCACAAUUCGAUGAAUUUUUCUCGAAUCUUCGGCUGAAGUGGGUUGUAAAAUUAACUUAUGAAUAAAGCUGAAUUUAUUUU